AUGCCUGAUGCGGACAGAAGAGAUAUGCAAGAGCAGCAACUUGUGAAGCACGCUGCUGGCAAGGAGCAAAGACUGUUACCUGGGAGAAACAACCAUGCUGGAAAACUCUCUCAGCCCGAGAAGAAACUCCAAGAAGCUGUGUGUGUGCUGCUGGUGGAGCUGUGUGAGAGAUUCACAUUCUUUGUCAUCGUUUGCAACAUGAUCCUCUUCUGCACCGUCAAGCUUGGCUAUCGCAACUACCAGGCAGCUAUUGUCAAUAUGUGCUUCGUAGGCACCUCCAUGUUGACGCCAGUCCUGGUGGGCUGGCUGGCCGAGUGCCUGGUGGGCAGGAUCAAACUUGUGUGCAUCUGCGUGUUUCUACACUUUCUAGGCACAGCACUAUUACCAGUGGUGGCAUUCCCCUUUGAAGAUAUUUACAUUGACAGACAACAUAUUCUUCAUACGCUAACCAAAAGGGAGCAGAAAAUAGUGUUCUACUUUGCACUACUCACAGCUAGUCUGGGUAUAGGAGGCAUAAGAGCUAUAGUUUGUCCAUUAAGUGCAUACAACCUCGAGGACUGUGGACUGAAGGAACUUCUUUCUUUUUUCAACUGGUUUUAUUGGCUGGUUAACUUAAAUUCGGCAGUUGUCUUUGUCAGCAUUUCUUAUAUCCAGCAUUCUGUGGCCAGAAGCCUUGGUUUUCUUAUCCCAUUUGUGUCCGUGCUUAUGGCUAUGAUCACAAUUCACAUGGUGCGAGGUGAAAUGAUUUACAGACCCAAAACAGACAGUUCCCUGCUGACGACUUUUGGUGUAAUUGCAAGUGCACUGAAAACGUGCUGCGUACGGUACCGCUACUUUAGUGGAGGAGUGACAAACUGGCUAGAUCACGCCAAGGAAAACUAUGGUGGUCAGUACAGCGAGACUCAGGUGGAAAGCACAAAGUCGCUCGCUAGGCUCUUCCCGUUGUUUGCUUUCCAAAUUCUAUACAGAACAUGUAUUAUGCAGAUUCCUUCAGGAUAUUAUCUCCAAACCAUGAAUUCCAACUUGCACUUCAGUGGAUUUGUCUUGCCAGUUGCAGCAAUGAAUGUGAUAAGCAUCGUGCCACUGCUGAUUCUUGUUCCUGUUUUGGAAUGCAUUAACUCAUGUCUCUUGAGUUCCAAGGACACUGGACAUUGUCCAACAACUUACAUUGUUGUAGGUCAGUUAUCUGCUGCACUUUCCAUGGUGGUUGCUGGCUUCUCUGAAAUACACCGAAAGCAUUUCCCUCUGGUGGAGCAGACACUUGCUGAAGAGGUCCUCCUGGUCUCCUCCAUGCCUUGCUUCCACCUAGCUCCUCAGUACAUCCUACUUGGAGUGGCUGAAGCCUUGGUAACUCCCUCCUGUUCCUUACUUUCAUUCCGGCUUGUGCCAGAAAGAAUUAGAGGGAUUUCCAUGCAUUUUUUAACUCUCUUUAAUGGAGCUGGCUGCUUUAUGGGAGCUUUCUUUGUUCAGACAGCCCACGCAGGCACUCAAGGCAACUGGUUUCCACACUUGCUGCAUGAAGGUAAAUUGGAGAGAUUCUUCUUCUUCUUGGCUUCCUUAAUGAUGGUGAACACCCUGGGGUUCUGGACCACUGCACCCAGAUACAGCAAUCUGAAUGAGGAACACACCAGUGAAUUCAGAGGAAGUCUUCCUGAAGAAAAGCUUUUGAAGCAUGAAAAAGCCAUCAAGCAUUAUGAUAGUGUCCUGGAAAGUUCUCCCAUUUGGUCUCCUAUGGAGAAAACCUGA